GGGAGAUACAGGUGGUGACGUAUCAGUUGCCACCCGGACCUUGCUAGGCAGACUACCUUGGUCUUCACUAGUGUUCUGCUGUUACACUAUGAUGUUACGUAGCCUGCUCCGUCAUCCAGUCUUCCUCAAGGCAGUAGGGAAGCCAAAUUUACCCUUGGCUGCAGCCUACUCUGCUCCUGCCAUCCCUCAACCUAUAGUCAAACCUGACGUUCCUUACACAGGGAUCUUCAUCAACAAUGAGUUCCAUAAAUCAUCGAGUGGGAAGCAGUUUCCAACAGUCAAUCCUUCAACAGGGGAGGUCAUCACCAUGGUGGAGGAAGGUGACAAGGCUGAUGUUGAAAAAGCAGUGAGAGCAGCUCGUCAAGCUUUUGAACUUAACUCUGAAUGGCGGCAGAUGGAUGCAUAUGAUCGUGGGCGCCUCAUAAAUCGGUUGGCUGAUCUUGUAGAGCGUGACAAAGUUUAUCUAGCUAGCCUCGAGACCCUUGAUAAUGGAAAACCAUACACAAAUUCUAUCAUGGUAGAUGUUGAACUUGCUGUUAGAAAUCUACGCUACUUUGCUGGUUGGGCCGAUAAGAUUCAUGGCCAGACCAUUCCCACUGAUGGUCCACACUUUGCUUACACGAGGCAUGAACCAAUUGGUGUUUGUGGUCAGAUCAUUCCCUGGAACUUCCCUCUUCUCAUGCAGGCUUGGAAGUUUGGACCUGCUCUUGCUACAGGCAACACCAUUGUCAUGAAAUUAGCCGAACAGACUCCCCUGACUGGCUUGUAUGUGGCCAAACUGGUAGCAGAGGCUGGAUUCCCAGCGGGUGUGGUAAAUGUUAUUCCUGGAUAUGGUCCCAGUGCUGGGGCAGCCAUUGCUUCACACAUGGAUGUUGACAAGGUUGCAUUCACAGGGUCAACAGAGAUUGGACACCUGAUUCAGCAAGCUGCAGGAGCUAGCAACUUAAAACGUGUUACAUUGGAACUUGGAGGAAAGAGUCCAAAUAUUAUUUUUAAAGAUGCUGAUUUGGAGUAUGCUGUUGAACAGUCUCAUUUUGGAGUAUUUUUCAAUCAGGGUCAGUGUUGCUGUGCUGGAACAAGGAUCUUUGUUGAAGAUUCUGUGUAUGAUGAAUUUGUUGAGCGUAGUGUUGAGCGUGCCAAGAUUCGCAGUGUUGGUGAUCCAUUUGACUUCAAGACUGAACAAGGACCACAGGUGGAUGAGGAGCAAAUGAACAAGAUUUUAUCACUUAUUGAAUCUGGCAAGAAGGAAGGAGCCAAAAUGUGUACUGGAGGUAAACGUGUGGGCGAGAAAGGAUACUUUAUUGAACCAACAGUUUUUGCUGAUGUGAAAGACAGCAUGAGGAUUGCUGAAGAGGAAAUUUUUGGACCUGUCCAGCAGAUCUUGAAGUUCAGUGAUGUCAGUGAUGUGAUAAAGCGUGCAAACUCUUCAGAAUAUGGUUUAGCUGCAGCAGUAUUUACAAAGGAUUUGGAUAGGGCUAACUUGUUUGCUCAGGGUCUCCGUGCCGGCACUGUCUGGAUCAACUGCUAUGAUGUACUGAAUGCUCAGACUCCUUUUGGAGGCUACAAAAUGUCUGGACAAGGCAGGGAGAAUUCUGAGUAUGCCUUACGUAACUACUAUGAAGUCAAGGCUGUCAUAACCAAAUUACCUGUGAAAAAUGCCUGAGGGUAACAAAACAUGAAAAAGGAAAAAAAUAAGCAUAUCUUUCUUCACUGUAAAGAACUGUUUUGCUUUAUUAUAACUAAUUAAGAAUAGGAUAAGUGAUAGAUAUUGGAAUCUUAUCAAUGAAACUGAUAACUAAUCCAUAUAUUAACUGUUGUUCAUUUUAAGUGGCCACAAUGGUCAGCUUGCAACUAAGUAUCUGGGUUUGAAUCCUGGGCAAGAUAAGACUUGGGAAUGUCUACAUUCUACCUGCUGUUUAGCAUGUGAAUUUUUUUCCAAGACAUCGGCCGAUUCCCACCAAGGCAGGGUGGCCCGAAAUUAAGAUAUCAUAAACUUUAGUGCUGUGUGAGAGAGUUUAGCACUUAAAAUUAUUAUAUUAUAUAAUAAACUACAAAAAUAAAUAU